CAAAUUCACUUUUUCACGUGCAGUGCACGUUUGCCGGUCUUUCUUAUUUACAUUUUUCAAUUACUCAAAUAUUCAAUAAAAAAACUUCUAUUAUAUCCUUUAGACCGCUCUUUAGCGCUAUGACAUAAUGGGUGAAAAGUUAGUAGCAGCUCUAAAGCAAAUAGAGCUAGAAACAAAGAAUAAAGAUCUCCUUAAAGCAUGUCAACAAAUAAGGUUUUCGUUGGUAAAGCAUCAUGCAAGUACUGAUAAUCUAGUUACAAAAUUAUCAGAAUACAUUCUUAAUUUCGAGGAUGCUGUCAUAUUAGGGAAAUACUUGCCUAAUUUGUCCCUUGCACUAGUUUCUACCAAAAUUCCUCUGAAGCCUGUUUUUUCGAGCAAUAGCCAUGAUUCUGCUACGGAUUGUGAAAAAACAAAACAUCUGGAAUAUUCCAUUGUAUUAGCACAAUUAAGUGACCACCCUGAUGUGUUACAAUACACCCAAAAAUAUUUCCAAAUAAAUCCAAUACCACCAUAUGAAAUCUUCAUACAUCAUGAAGAUUCUUAUAAUGUUGCACCUAAGAAGAGAAGACUUCAAGACUACAGGCAAAAAAUAUCAGACUAUAAUAUAGUGUCAUGCUGUUAUAAAUUAUUGAGAAAAUUACCAAAUGAAUUUUCAACAAAAUGGGAUUGGACGAAAUUUGUUGUAAAUUUCAGCCACCAUGAGAAUGAAGAAACAAGAUGGAUGGUUAAAGAAUGCAUGGUGAUAUUAACAAACAUGACAGAGGCUCAAUCAAGAACAUUGAAUAAGAACUUAAACAUAUCCAUUGACACAGACCUAAGAAAUAACAUGUCAAAAGUAGAACAAACUAUUGGGACAGGUAUAGAGAACUUGACAGUAAAAGCCGAAUCAAUCAUAAACAUUGAUGGAAUAGUUUUGCCUAUCUAUGACAAGGAUAAUGUUCAGCCAGCUACAUUAGUUCCUGUUAAAUCAACUAUCAACAACUUAAGAAGCUUGGCCCUAGCAGUUGCUUUAGGUAACGCUCUAUCACUUAUGGGUCCUGUAGGAUCUGGUAAAACAUCAUUGGUGGAGCAUUUAGCUGCAGUAACCGGCCGUAAAGCAACAGCAUUUAAAAAAGUUCAGUUGGGCGAUCAGACAGAUUCCCGGAUGCUACUGGGAUCACAUCAAUGUACAGAUGUGCCGGGAGAGUUUAUUUGGACUCCCGGUGUUCUUACUGAGGCUGUACUUAAUGGCCACUGGUUGUUGUUAGAAGAUAUUGAUUGUGCUGCAUUGGAUGUGGCAUCUACAUUGAGUUCACUUUUGGAGAGAAAUACUCUGUGCGUACCUGGUUUUAGAGAUGCCUUGCCAGUAACGCCUGGUUUCCAAUUAUUUGUGACUCAGCGCACAAUCAAAACAAAUUAUGGAUACCAAAAGAAAAUAUCAAGCUCAAGUACUUUACUACAAAAGCAUUUAACAGUAAUAAACGUUGAACCUUUAUCAAGGUCUGAGCUUAGUGAAGUUAUACAAACACUGUUCCCUAGUCUGACUACAAUUUCUUCAAAGAUGAUAGAAGUUUUUAUGAUGUUUUCUGUUGGAUGCCAUGAUACAUCUUUACAAACUACCGAGGGAGAAACGGAAAAGGCUAGCAGUGUAGUUGUGAUGAGAGGUUCAAGGCUCAUAUCUACAAGAGAUCUCAUGAAAUGGUGUGCUAGAUCAGUUGUCGGUUUUAAUGUAUCCAGCCCAGACUCUGCCCUAAAAGUAUUACAGGAUGCCUUAGAUAUUUUUACCUGUUCAGUAUCAUCACCCGAAAAUAGACUAGAAUUAUCCAAAAAAGUUGGCACUUGCCUUGGUAUUGUAGAAACGAAAUCAGAAUUCUACUGUAAGCAUUACAAACCGAAUGUUUCUUUACAACCGGAUUCAUUAAUUGUUGGUCGCGCUAAAAUUCCGCGUUUCGAAAAAAACUUGAAAUCUAUAGAUUUCGCCAAUAAACAAGUUGUUUUUUCGUUCACUCGUCAAUCCGCUUGCCUUUUGGAAAAAAUUGCCUGCUGUGUUCUUUCUAAUGAACCAGUGCUUUUAGUGGGUGAAACUGGUACUGGAAAAACUUCUUCAGUUCAAUAUUUAGCGAGACAAACUGGCCAUAAACUAGUAGUAAUAAACAUGAAUCAACAGUCCGAUUCUGCUGAUCUACUUGGUGGCUAUAAACCUGUGGAUCUUAAAUACGUCAUUCGACCAAUUAAAUCCGAAUUUUUAGAUCUUUUCACUAGCUUUUAUAAUGCAGAUAAAAAUAAGAAGUUUUUAAGUCACAUUGAGACAUGUUAUGAUACAGAAAAUUGGAAUGCUUUGUUCGCGUUGAUGCAACAAAGUUACAAAGCUGCAGUGAAAAGACUUAAUGAUGAAAAGAACAAUAAGUUGAAGGCUUGGUUGGCUUUUGGAUAUAAACUAUCUAAGUUAGAGCAACAAAUAAAGGCAGAAUCUAGAUUGACAUUUGCAUUCAUAGAAGGGUCCCUUGUUAAAGCUAUGCAAGAAGGUCAUUGGGUAUUGUUAGAUGAAAUAAAUUUAGCAUCUGCAGAAAUAUUGGAAUGUUUGGCUGGGUUAUUAGAAGAUAGAAAUGAAAGUAUUGACUUACUUGAAAAAGGCGAUAAGAUUCCCAUAAAAAGACAUCCGGAUUUCACGCUUUUUGCAUGUAUGAAUCCAGCAACUGAUGUAGGGAAAAAAGAUUUACCAGUAGGACUAAGAAAUAGGUUUACAGAAUUUUUCAUUGAUGAAUUAACAGAAAGGAACGAUUUAAUGUUAUUAAUAGGUGACUAUUUAUACCACAUGAACUUGAGUGGAGCAGUGCUCGAGUCUAUUUAUAGCUUUUAUUCUUCGAUACGUAAAGAAGCAAAAUUGAAUUUAGUUGAUGGAGCAGGAAAUGCUCCCCACUAUUCUCUGAGAACACUAUGCAGAGCGUUAACUGCUGCGGCGAAAGCGAAAUGUGGGACCGUCGCAAGAUCUUUAUAUGAAGCAUUUUGCCUUUCCUUCUUAACACAACUGGACAGAUCAUCUCAUCCGAUAGUAGAAGCCAUGAUAGCUAAAGCUGUUCUUGGGAAGAAAAAUGUCAAAGCCGUAUUAAAGCAAUUAAUUCCUGAACCUCAAUGUCAGGGUCAAAAUUAUUUGCUCUUUGAGGGUCAUUGGAUACCUCAAGGCAAAUUGGAAAUAAAUAUACCAGAAGGAUACAUUUUAACACCUACUGUUAGGAAAAAUCUUCGAGAUAUUUCCCGCAUCAUAUCACUUGGACGUUUACCCAUACUGUUACAGGGUGAUACAUCUGUGGGGAAAACUUCGCUUAUAACGUAUAUAGCCAAAGCUUCAGGAAAUUACUGCGUCAGAAUAAAUAAUCAUGAGCAUACUGAUUUACAAGAGUACAUAGGAUCGUAUGCAAGUGAUGCAAGUGGAAAUCUAAUCUUUAAAGAAGGUGUUCUAGUCGAAGCUAUGCGUAAAGGAUAUUGGAUAAUUCUCGAUGAAUUGAAUUUAGCCCCUAGUGACGUAUUAGAGGCAUUAAAUCGUGUUCUAGACGACAAUCGAGAGUUAUUUAUUCCUGAGACUCAAGAAGUUGUUAAAGCCGAUCCCAAUUUUAUGCUCUUUGCAACCCAAAAUCCUCCAGGCUUGUAUGGUGGCCGAAAAAUGCUAUCGCGUGCUUUUCGAAACAGAUUCGUUGAGCUACAUUUCGACGAAAUACCAAGAAGUGAACUGGAAACAAUAUUGCACCAGAGGUGUCAUAUUCCGCCUACUUAUAGUAAAAAAAUGAUUGAAGUUAUGGCGGAAUUACAAGUUAGGAGAAGGGGCUCAGCUGCAGUACAAGGCAAAGAUGGAUUUAUAACAUUAAGAGAUUUAUUCAGAUGGGGUCAGCGAUAUAAACAUGCUUCCAAAGAUAUGCUCACUUCUGACAAAUUUUAUGACUGGGAUCAGCAUAUAGCUGACGAAGGUUAUCUUAUAUUAGCGGGUAAAGUGCGCCAAACAGACGAAAGAAGUAUAAUAGAGGAAGUUAUUGAAAAACAUAUAAAACGUAAAGUUGAUCCUAAAAAAUUAUUCAGCCUUCAUCAAAAUACAUCGCCUGUCACGAAAUCGAUAUUAGAAAUGCUUUUAAGUAAUCAGCUCCAAGAAUUUUCUCAUGUAGUAUGGACAUAUAAUAUGAGAAGAUUAGCUGUUUUAAUAGCUAAGGCAUUUACUUUUAAUGAGCCUGUAUUAUUGGUCGGGGAGACUGGUUGCGGGAAAACAACUAUAUGUCAAGUAUUGGCAGCUCUAAGUCACCGUCAGUUACUAUCCGUAAACUGCCAUAUGCAUACAGAAAGCUCUGACUUCUUGGGUGGCCUUCGACCUGUAAGACAAUAUCAAAAAGAUGGAAAAUUAUUUGAGUGGGUAGAUGGCCCUUUAAUAAAAGCAAUGGAACAUGGCCAUCUAUUUCUCGCAGAUGAAAUAUCUUUAGCGGAUGACAGUGUUCUAGAAAGAAUGAACUCGCUAUUAGAACCAGAGAGACAAUUAGUCUUGUCUGAACGGGGCAGCGAUAACAGUUCCGAUAUUAUGGUUAUAUCAGCUGUACAAAAUUUUCAUUUCAUUGGGACUAUGAAUCCAGGUGGUGAUUUUGGAAAAAAAGAAUUAUCACCCGCUUUACGUAAUAGAUUCACAGAAAUAUGGUGUGAUCACGUUAGUUCUAGAGAAGAUUUAUUAGAGGUUCUAGAAAAAAGUGUUAGUAAAGGAAUAGCUUUGGCAAACCAAGAAGAUGGAACCUCGGGUAUUGGAAAUUGUAUUUUAGAUUUUAGCGAUUGGUUGAAGAAUUCAGAAGUGACGAAUAAAUUCCCAUUUAGCAUUCGUGAUUUACUGUCCUGGAUACAAUUCAUUAAUGUUACAGUGGGAAAAAAUCUGUUAGACACAGCUGAAGCGUAUGUGCAUGGGGCAUGUAUGACAUUUUUGGAUUGUUUCGGUACCGCUUUAACGGGUCAUAUUGAUUCUGAAACCUUACAUAUUUUACGAAAAAAUGCUAUUAAUUUCUUGCUGAAUCAAAUUAAAAUGUUAGAAUAUGAAAAAAUUGACUUUUUAAACGACAUGUUGAACAAUAAGACAAUAUCAUUGACUGCUGAGGUUAUUGAUAAGAAAUUUGGAAUACAUCCGUUCCUUAUAGAUAUUGGGCCAUACCAUAACCCAUCUAAUAUUCAGAAGUUUACAUUUACGGCACCCACAACAGGUGCCAAUACUUUACGACUAUUACGAGGCCUUCAGUUAAAUAAAGCUAUAUUAUUAGAAGGAAACCCAGGAGUAGGAAAAACAAGUUUAGUUACAGCUGUAGCUAAGAGUUCCGGCCAUAAAGUGGUCCGUAUAAACUUGAGUGAUCAAACUGACAUAACAGAUUUGUUUGGUACCGACUUACCAUCAGAAGACGGAUCUUUCAUGUUUAAGGAAGGAGCUUUCUUAAACGCUCUCAAAAAUGGAGAUUGGAUUCUAUUGGAUGAACUUAAUUUAGCGCCACAACCUGUGCUAGAAGGUCUUAACGCUUGUUUAGAUCACAGAGGUGAAAUAUACAUACCAGAAUUAGGUAAAACAUUUAAAGUGAAAAAUGAAACAAAAUUAUUUGCUUGUCAAAAUCCUCUCAAACAGGGUGGUGCACGUCGCGGCCUGCCUAUUUCAUUCUUAAACAGAUUCACUCAAGUAUAUAUUGAUACUUUGACCAAAGAUGAUCUUACUUAUAUUGUUGAGGCACAGUAUCCAGAACUUUCUAAAGACAUGUUACACAGAAUUGUUGCAUUCAAUUGUAAGGUAUCACAUGAAAUAGCUGAAAUUCAGUCUUGGGGACAUAGAGGGGCUCCUUGGGAAAUGAACUUACGUGACAUACAAAGAUGGUGUGAGGCACUCAUUGAAGAUCAGAAUGAAGGUAGUAAAGUGUCACCCGGAAAGUUUAUUGAUAUGCUCUACGUUAAUAGAAUGAGGACAGAGGAAGAUAAAGAAAAAAUGAUAUCGACAUAUAAUGAUAUCUUCUAUCCCGCAUAUCCUAGAAGCGAUGAACAUCCUAUGUUUAAUAUUGAUGGUAAGAACAUAAUUAUUGGCGAUGUUGUUUUACAAAUCAACAACGAGAGACUUUAUAAAAACAGAAGAUCAAUUGAUACCAAAUUGUUAGUGCUCAGAGACCAAUUACCAAUCUUAAAAGCACUGGCUCAAAAUGUAAAAAUGAAUUGGCUUUCUAUACUUGUUGGACCAACUGCUGUUGGGAAAAGUAGUUUGGUUCAAGUUUUAGCAGAUUUAACAGGAAAUGAAUUACAUGUUAUACCAGUUACUUCGGCAAUGGAUGUAUCAGAUCUUUUAGGGGGAUUUGAGCAAGUCGACUAUAAUAGAACUUUGGAAAAUAUAUAUGAUAAUAUUGAGACGGUUACUAUCCAAAUUGUUAGAAGCUUGUGGAUAUUACAAGACUUCAAACUUUGGAAAUCCAAUAAGCUAUUGAGUGAUCUAUUUGAGUUCCGUCAAAUAGAAACAAACUGCAAAACUAAAAACGCAUUUAAUAUUGACAUGCAAAAAUUCAAACAAAAAGUACAAUUUCUGCUGGAUCAUUGUAAUAAAUUAAUUGAGUGUAGCAACAUUUGCGAUCUUCCCAUACAUGGCAUAGAAAAAAUUAUAGCAAAUUUGAAGCAUUUGCAGAAUAAAAUCUUGAAUGUGACAUCUGUAAAUGCGGGUGGUAGGUUUGAGUGGAUAGAUUCAUUACUAGUGAAAACUAUGAUUGAAGGAUCUUGGCUUCUAUUAGAUAACGUGAAUUUAACGUCGGCUGCGGUAUUAGACAGACUCAAUGGUCUGUUAGAGCCAAAUGGAGUUCUCAGUAUUCCAGAGCGAGGUGAAAUAAGCGAAAUCAAACCGCAUCCCAACUUUAGAAUUUUCUUCACAAUGGAUGCAAAGCAUGGCGAAAUAUCCCGAGCCAUGAGAAACAGAGGUGUUGAAAUAUAUUUGUUGAGACCUGAUAACUGUGAUCUAGGUCUCUCCGAGAUAAUGCCGUACAUGGACUUAGUGGCUUUAUUAUCAUCGUGUGGUUUGCCUAAUCAAUAUCAUGAUAUUUGCAUUCGGUGCCACGAAACUAUGACCGAGUUUGUGCAAGGUUUAGAGAGGCCGACGGUUUCGCAACUCCUUCAGGCAGCGCAUUUAAUACAACAACAAAUAGUAAGGGGUGUAUCUUUUAAGACGUCUCUGCUCAAUAGCUUUUCAGAUGUUUAUAUAAAACCUAGAAGUGGUAGUGACUUUGUUUCCGAUAUAAAUACAUCUCUAGCUGAAAUGAAGAACAAUAUGUUGCGUGAAUUAGAAAAUGAGUUGGGCACUGAAGAGUUCCAGGUUUUCGGUUCCAAUGCUAUUAAUCACACAUUAUCAAUUAAAGGGCUGUGUGCUCAUUCUACUUAUGAAUUAGCGAAGCAAACUUCUCAUUCGGCAGUUGAGCAAAUUAAGGAUAAUAGUUCAAUGGACGAUAUAACAAUGCAUCUUAUAUUCAGUAUUCUAACUUCUUACCAAAAAUGCUCUGGUGAACAAUUAAAAACACUUUACCAUUGUCUAAAUGAAGCAGUUUCAAAUUGCCAGGAUAGCAAAUUGAAAAAUUUUGCAAAAGCAUUGAAUGAUCAAGCACUAAACCAUGUUAAUAAUUUAAAUGUAGCAUCGGAGUCAUAUAAAAGAUUUUAUCGGGAAUCAUAUAACGUUGAUGACGGAAUUGUAGCUAAAUCGAAUACGAGCUGUGCCUUGCUAUAUAAUGAAUAUCAAAAAACUCUUUUGAAAUUAUCUCUUAUAGAAAGUCCUUUUUCUGCUCUCCACUAUUCAAAUGCAGUAUCAAAGCGAACUUUAACUGAUGAUUUUGUGGAAUAUCCAAUCUUAAGACACUGCCAAAAUUAUAUGAAUCUCAUUGACGAAGAAUUGCUGAAAGCAAUUAAUUUGGCAUCUUCUAAUUUAAGUGAUCAAAAUAUCUGUGUGAUAUUGCAGUUGUUAAAUUGGCGAGUUCGAUUUUUCAAAACGUGUACAAUGCCAAUAUUUACCAUGCAAAAACGUACGCCAACAUUAAAAGAAGAAAUAAUACCUAUCCUUCAGAUUCAUAAUAAGUGGAUUCAAAAAUAUCUAUUAGAAAAACUUUACAGUAUGAUUGGUAAAUCGGAUGAAUUUAUGAAAUUUAAAAAUAAAAUAACGGAACUGAAAUUAAACAUGGAACAGGAACAUACCGUAGUAACGAAAAUCAGCAAGAAAAUGAGAAAAUGUUACGGACAAUCAAAGUUGUUUAAAGAUGAACGGGAAUAUAUGCUAUGCAAUGCGAGAGCUGCGAUUUAUAAAGAAAUACAUUUUGAUAUGCAUCAGCCAAUUGAUAAGCAAUUAUACAAACUGGAUUGUGUUAUGUACCAUGCUAACAAGACUUUCGCAAUAGAUAUACCACAGGAAGAGAGUAUUCGCGAAAUUGAAACAACUAUAGCAAGUAUCAAAGAGAGAGUAAAAGAACCGAGCUCAGAUAUCAAACUCGUACCAAUAAAUUUGUAUGUUGUACAACGGAUUUUAAAUGUAUUGCAACCCUACAUGCCAGAGCUUUUGAGGAAGUUCUUUGCAACGGAAGAUAUUCUUAUGCACUCCAAGGAAACGAGUUGUCUGGAUAUUUUAGCAACCGUUACUGCUUACGGAAAAGUGACGAAAGGAUUUCCAUCAGCGCUAAUAGACCAUUUGAGUAUGUUGCUUGAAAUGCAAAAGGGUAAUCAAGAUAUAACUAUUGAAAGAUUAUCAUCAAUGUCCAUGAAAUUUUGGGAUGAGUUUUAUAAAUUAUUGGCGUCAUCACCGGCCGUUCAUCCUUCGUUGUUCUUAUCUGGAAACAGUUUAAGCUCUGAUGACGUCAUGGAGUUGAUUCCAGCUAAUACACAAAGGGUUUCAAUGAAUCUGCCAUUAAUGCCAUAUUACGUUCAGCAGCUAACCACAUUGGUUGAAGAGGAAGGGGCUCAGCAAUUACUAGCAUAUGAAAAAGUGUCUCUCAACAACAGAGUGGAAUAUUCAUUGCAAUUAGAGUCUAUUUUAAAAAUAUUAUGGAAUAAUAUCGGAACAUUACACGUCGCCGCCGCUGCUAAAUUAGAAGCAGAUGCAGUAUUUGAAAUGAAGAAAUAUGAUCAUUUUAUUAUUUAUCUCCAUUCCAUUGUUGUUUCGAAUUUAAAUAAUCAUAUAUUUAAAUUAACGGAUGACAAAUUUCAUUACUUGCAAAAACAUCUAGAGAUCGAUUCUUAUUUAAUGGAAGCAUUAGUCAAAGCCGAGGGCAUUAAUAAAGAACUUAAAGAAGAAUUAAAGUCAAAUGAUCUCAAUGCAACUAAAGUCAAGAUAUUAACAGCGCAAUUAUCCUUACUAACGAGUUUAUUGUUUGUACAAUUCAUGGUACAAAUGAGUCCCAUUGACCAUGUUGAAAAGUAUCGUAUGAAAGUUAAAUAUAUUGAAGAAGAUAUACAGAUGUUUAAUGCCCUAUUGAGCUCGUACUACGUUCAAGGUGUGAUAUCGGGUACUAUUAACGAAAAUCGCAAUAUUGAAAAGUCAUCUCAAGUGCCGAUUACUUCCUUAAAUGAUGAUUCAUUGGAACAAUUAAAAAAAGUGCACCCCCAUUGCGCAGUUUUGAUGGAUCUGAAAGAACAAACAGCGCUUAAAAUUCAUAAAUACGCGUCUGGCAACACUUAUCGUCCUAAUAAGCCAUCCUAUUGUAAUUUUGUUAAAGAAUGUAAACAUUUUUCAAAGUCGAUUCUGUCAGAAAGAACUAUAAGUACAGUAUCUACGAAAAUGAUUGAGACUUGCAAUGAACUUUAUAAUGAUUUUAUCGCGAAAAAAAUCAAUAAAUCUACAGUGAAUAAAGCACAGUCUGUCAUUCGGGAAACUAUAUCAUGGAUGAAUUCAACUAGAGCUUUCUAUAAUAAUAUUGAAUCUUUGUAUGCUGACGCCUUCCCGGAUUUAGCGAAGCCUUUGCAAAGUUCACUGUCUCAGAUUAUACACAGUAUAACCGCUUUAAGUGAUGUCAUGAGAGAACUUGUUCGUAAAGUGGAACAAGGGGCAUUUUUGCCUGAACUGUUGAGGAUUUUGCUUGUGUAUCCCAAUAAAAUUUCUGCUAUGGAUGCAAAGGAAAAACACCUCAAUCGAUAUGUAACAACUCAGUUUAUACAAUUGUUAAGUCGCGGUGUAGGAGGCACUUCAGAUUUAUCGAAGAUUGAAUCAUCGUGGAUAGAGAUAUUAAAAAUGAAUUUAUCAGAGUUGAAGAUGAACUGUACCGCGAUGGGUCGUGUUGAUGAUGUAUCUAUGAAUGCGGUGUUGACUACAUUAAACGCAAUAGUUAAAGUUUGGGACAAGCAACGACAGGAUUUGGAAAAGAAGAAACAAGACGACGAAGCUUUAUAUGUCACGAAAUCAAAAUGUGAAGACGAAGACGAAGAGGCCAUGGCUUACGAGGAAAUAAUGGAAAUGUUCCCAUCGUAUGCCGAAGACGAUUUCGGAGAAUUUAAACCGCCUACUUUAGAACAGAGAAAAGUAAAAGUGCAAAACACAGAUAAACCCAAGCUAAUUAUAACAUCUGAAGAUGUGUCAUUGAUAUACAAGUGGCACUCGAAUUUCGUCAGAAAUAUGACCAUCGCGGAAUGGUUGACUGCUCCGAAAAAGAUAAUAGGCAAUGAUGUUGUCAGUCCGUUAAUCUUACGGUAUCCCAUAUUCAGUAAAGUAGCUCAAGGGUCGUGGGAAGGACUAGAUGCGGAAUUUGAAAGUGAAAUUACUCCCAGUUUAUUGGUGCUGAUAUCCCAUAUCAAAUCGAAAGUUGAUGGGCUUGAAUCGACCAAUCACAAAGUUGAUUUCUAUCGCUCACCCUGGGUUUCGGAAACGCGCGAGUGCUUACCGCUACUUCAUAAAGUGCGAGACAAUACAAGUGAAUUGCUGGAACAGUGGCCAGACUUUCCCACUUUAAAAGACAUAAUGGUUAUAGUGAACAGAAUACUGAACUUUCCAAUCACAAGUCCAGUAUCACGAUUCCUCACGGGCUUGGAACUGCUUCGCGAUAAGAUCGAGGAGUGGAACAAGAACGCACACAAGGGCAAUAACAUGAUCGAAAUAUCGUUGUCUGUGGGCCAACAGAUUAUAAAUUGGAGGAAAUUAGAGAUGAGCCAUUGGAAAGAGUGCUUGAAUAAUUUGUAUCAGAGGAAACAGUCAGAGGCCCACAAAUACUGGUUCUACAUGUAUACGGUGAUAAUUUCAUACUUGGAUCCCUCAAAAAAUCUCGACAACCAACCAGUCUCACCAACAAGGAUUACUCUAGUUCUGCGCGAUUUCAUGGAGAAAUCGAAUGUGGCGGAAUAUGAAGUGCGUCUUGAUAUCUUGUAUGUGUACCACUGCCAUUUGGUACACUUGCAGCCGAGUCCGAGGAGAGAUGAACUAUUGUCAAUUCUAUGGAAUACACACAACUAUUAUUCUCAAUUUUCUCCUCAAGUGAGUGCGUUCGUAAAAGAAAAACGUGCGCCAAUUGAGAAGAAAUUACGUGACUUUGUCAAAAUAUGCACUUGGGACAGGGAUCUAAGCUACUGGAGCGUGAAGGACACGGUGGAUAAAGCUCACAAGGCUUUGCACAAACAUUGUAAAGAAUUUGAGAAAGUUCUAACGGGCAGCGUGUCGAGUCUGCUAGUGGACACGAGCGGCGAAGUGAGCGAGCACGUGGGCAUAUGGGACCGGCCCAAGCGCGCGGCCGCCAGCGGCGCCCACAGCGCGCCCGCGGGCGGCGCCUACAUGAUCGACCCCUUGAUGCACAUCGUGCUGGCCAGGAACGUGAAGAAAUACUUAGAUCAAGCCGACCUACCAUGCAGCGCCAUACCCGAGACGAGCUUAUUAUCGAAAAUACCAAAUUUGCUCACUAAGGCGAAGCAGCUUUGUAAAGAUACCAUAACGAAUACCGGAUAUCCAUCCUUAGUGCAAGGACUUGAUGAUUUUAUAACGCUUGUUAUAGAAACCAGUACACACUUGGGAUCCCUAGAGGUUGAUGCUUCAGCUCCAAAAGACAAGCAGACAUCUCAAGCAAAGAACAUUGUCCAACAAAAGCGUAAAGCGCUAGCGGAUCUAUUCAAAUACCUGUCCAAAAUGGGACUAAAUUAUCGAACUGGUUUGGUGAUAUUAACCGCAUGUGAGGAAUUAUGCGAUUUCACAAUACCUCCAGUAGAUUUGGACGCAGCUAUGAGCUAUUUGAAGAAUAGGCGUUGCGAUCAAACACUGUCCUUGCUUUGGUCUGGAUGUGAAAAGUAUUUCCAGAAGAACAUCGCAAGACAUCGUUUACUUUCAGCGGCCUUGCAAUCACCGCAUGCCGACCUCGGUAUGCAAAAUAUAGAACGCUGUAAAGGAUUUGCUGCUCAACUCAUGAAACUUACAAAUACACAAAAGAAAUCAAUAGCCAAGUAUUCCAGAUAUAUUUGUGAUCUACGAUCAGUUGCUACAAAUAUUACUAAUGCUCUCGAGUUAGAUUCUGAUGUUGUUAAUGUGACAACACUUAAUAAUAAGAUUGACAUUCUCUCUGAUUGUUAUGCUCAUGCGUCUAUUCUUCUCGAUCAAUUUAGUAUUGUACUGAAAUCUUUGCCUGAAAAAGGCUUCAAUGCAAAUUGCGAACCAGAAUUUGACAGACUAUUAUCGAAUUCACUUUUACCUCAAUGCUAUAAUGACAAUGAUGAAUGGAAGGAAUUAUACAAGAAAGUAAAAGCAAUCAUUACUUUAGUCGAUAAACAGAGAACAGGUUUAAAUAAACUAACAAAUACAGUUCCUAAAUGUAUUGGAGCCAAUGUUGCUCAAAUCCCGCUUGUUUCACAAAUUCACAUAGACACAGUAAAUGAUGGAAUUAUUAGUUUAGGUAUAUUAAAAGAAAAAGUAAAAGCUAUUCUCGAAGAAUAUCACUUUGAAUUCAAGCAUAAUAUUAAUGAUCAACAUAAAUCGCAACAUCCGAUUCUACGUUGCUUAGAAGAUUUAGAGAAUUACCUCAGUAAUACAAUUCUAAAAAUUCGUAAACUAGAUGAGAAUAUAGAUGAAACAAUGGAAGAGGAUUCCAAAGAAAUGUUAUUUAAACAAACUGAAGAUAUCGUAGCGAAUAUGCUUUUGAUAAUUCAAUCUCUUUAUAAGAAACAUUUACCUGUUGAAAAAAGCAUAGACAAUAUCGAUGUGUUAGAUGCAAUCGAUGAAAUUAUUGAUGAAGGAAAUAAAGAGAAUAAGGAAAAAGAAGAAUCUAAAGAAAUUCUUGAAGACAAACAUUUGAAAGAUCUGUUACAAGAUAAACUUUCAUCUGAUGGCAAAUUACUACAAUUGGAAGCGUUGACUCAUAAAUUAAAGACAUUAUCUCUCGAUUACAUUCAGUGCAUUUCGACCAAGAAAAAUAUUGAAGAGGUUAGAGCAAUUGUAAUGAGGCUAGUGCCUAUACUAGAACAAAUAGUUCUUUUUGUCCAAUAUUUCGUAGCCCAAAAAGUAGCAGUGCAUCGAGUAUCAUGCAAAAUGCUAUCUGUUUUGUUGAAGAUUUUCUCGGACCUUGCGACAAAAGGAUUUUGCAAGCCAUCUGAUCUGGAUAUGGAUGAGGGUGACGGAGAAGGUGGCCCGGGUAAACUAUCAAGUGGUAUGGGUCUAGGCGAAGGGGAGGGUCAAAAGGAUGUAUCUGAGAGAAUUGAGAAUCAGGAUCAACUAGACGAUGCUCAUCGACCGGGAGAGGAAAAGAAAGAGGAGGACCGCGAUUGUAAAGAAGAAGAAAAGGGAGUUAACAUGACGGAUGACUUUGAUUCACAUUUACAAGAUGUAGAGCAAAAAGAAGGCGAUUCGGAUCAAGAAAAUGACGAUGAUGAUGCCGAUAAACAAAUGGGCGAAACAGAAAAUGCUGCAGACAAGUUAGAUCAACAAAUUUGGGGUUCCGAAGAUGAAGAAGAUAAUGAAGAGGAACCAAAUAAGAAGGACAAAGAAGAACGUGGCAAAGGAGAAAGUACGGGAGAAAAAGAGAUGGGUGCUAAAGAUCAAGAUGAUGGAGUAGACGAUGGCAAUGAGGGCAAAGAGAAAAAACAGAAGAAAGAUAUCAACGAAAUCAAUGAACCUGAAGUUGAUGACGAUCAUGUUGAUCCAUAUCAUGGAAAUCAACAAUCAUAUCCCGAGCCAGAAGAUUUUGAAAUGCCCGAAGAUAUGAAUGUUGAUGGCGAAGAAGCAGAAGAAGAUAAGGAAGGCGAUACGGAAACUGAAAACCCAUUCGAUAUUGAUGUUAUGAAAGAGAAUAUUCCAGAAGAAGAACCAAAAGAAACAGAAGAAAAGGAGGAAAAUAGAAAUGGUUUGGAUGUUUCCAGUGAUGAGGAGGAUAGUGGCGAUGGUGUUGAAGAUGGUGAUAAGGAGAAGCAGGAUAAUGGCGAAGAAAAGCAGGAUGAAACAUCCGAAGAAAAUCAAGCGAAAGACGAUAACGAGGAGGAAGAAACGAACCCCGAAGAAAACAUGGAAACUGAUGAAACACAACCCGAAGAAGAGCAACCAGAUAAACCCGAUGACAAGGAAGAGCUCCCGCAGAACCCAGAAGGAAUAAACGAAGAUGAUAAGGUUGAAGAGAAACAGCAUGAAGCCAACCCUCAAGCGAAUCCGUCCAACGAUGACCCGGCCGCGGCUGAGAAGGCUGAGAAUGCGGAAAUGGAAAAAGGAACUAACGAUAAUGUGGAAACUAAUGCAGAACAAGAUAAGGAUGAGGAAGCUGCUCCUUAUGAACAAGUACAAGAGCAAGUGGGCGACGAAAAACAGUCAACAGGCCGGUCGGAGUUAGACAAGAGUGAGAAGGGACAUCGCGGUGAAAAGCAAGCGGCCAAGUCAGAGUCGUCGCAUGACACGCAGAAAAAGCACGAGAAUAAACCCGGAAAGACUGACCAGGAAAGAACACUCGGUGAAGUGAAUGAUAAGAAACAUAAAAAAGCGCACACACUGAAUGUGGAACGUGAGGAGGCGGAUGAUGAAGGCGGUGACAACGAAAGGGACGAAGACCAAGAGGCCGACGCGUAUCAACAUGUGAAACAGGCCAAAAAGGAUGACCUACAGGCAGUAGACGCGGCUACGAAAGAGCAAGCGGACGAACAGCCGACUUUAAAACAAGAUGAAGAGGAGGCAGAUAAACUGAAGGAUGAUGAAGAAGUACCCAUGGAUGUAGAUGAUGAUGAUAUUCAGGUGGAAAAAUCUGAUGAAAUAAAACCGGAGAAAAUAAAGAGUAACAAAGACAAAGACGAAGAGAAGUCUGGGAAUAAAAAGGAAGGUGGAGAGGAAACAACGGGUGAAGCCGGUCUGGAAGUGGAGGGAGAAACCGUGCUUACCACCAGCGUACCUCGCGGAAGGGACACUACAUACCAUACUAGACUGGAAGACUCGUCCCAAGCGGCGGCGGACAUGCCCGUGGAGCAGUACAUGAGCAUGCGCGAGUGGGUGCAGGCGGGCGGCGCGGCGGGCGCGGCGGGCGGCGCGGCGGGCGCGGCGUGGCGCGCCGCCUGGCGCCUCGCCGCGCCCGCCGCGCGCGCGCUGUGCGAGCGCCUGCGCCUCGUGCUCGAGCCCACGGGCCGCUCGCGACGAGCCGGCGACUUCCGCACGGGCCGCGCGAUCAACAUGCGGCGCGUGAUCCCGUACAUCGCGUCGCACUUCCGCAAGGACCGCAUCUGGCUGCGGCGCUCGCGGCCCGCGCGCCGCGACUACAAGAUCGCCAUCGCCGUGGACGACUCCAGCUCCAUGGCCGACAACCGGAGCAAGGAGCUCGCCUUCGAGAGCUUGGCUCUGGUCUCUCAGGCUCUAAACUUGCUCGAGUCCGGAGACCUGGCCGUGCUCAGUUUCGGCGAGAAGCCGAACCUACUGCAUUCCUUCAACGAACAGUUCUCAGAACAUUCCGGCUCGAACAUUCUGGAACAGUUGCGCUUCGAACAGACCAAGACGAAAGUUGCGCAACUGUUGGACUUCUGUAGUGUCAUGUUCGAUCAGCAGUCUGUGAGAAGUGACGCGGUGAAUGCGAAGCUGUUGGUGAUAGUUUCGGAUGGGAGGGGAAUAUUUUCUGAGGGAGAAACUAAGGUAUUGCAGGCUGUGAGGAGGGCGAGGCAGCAAGGCAUAUUUUUGGUGUAUGUGAUCAUAGAUAACCCUGAUAAUAAGCACUCGAUAAUGGAUAUCAGACGACCUCUACUGGACCCAGUGACAAACAGUCUUUCAGGUUUUAUACCAUAUCUAGAUACAUUCCCGUUUCCCUUUUAUCUCAUUUUGCGAGACAUGUCCGCUUUACCCACUGUCCUUGGAGAUGCUCUCCGGCAAUGGUUCGAGUUAGCUGCUAAUACAUCUAGUUGAUAAAUUAUAUUAUAUUAAAAAAGAUAAUUAAAUAAAAUAUAUUUUAUACAUGUGUUAGUAAUAAGUGAACUAUUUUUUUUUUGUUUAUAAGGAAAUGUUCUAUAUUUUUCAUAUAUUCUUUUGCUUUAGGUUAAUUUUGAGGUUAUGUACAAAGUAA